AUGUUGCAGCCGCGGAUACGAGCGGUGUGCAUAUCUKGCCGCUCGCUGACAUCCUCCUUGCGGCGGACAUAUGCCACCGAAGCGACUCCCAUCCAGGCCGCGACUGUCACUCCAGAUGCCGUCGCCUUCACACCAUCUUCGGCGCCAAUGCGUAAGCAGGGCGGAUUCCAGAUGAAGACGUACAAGCCGCGCACACCAGGUCUGCGACAUCUCAAGCGCCCCAUUAAUGAUCAUCUCUGGAAGGGCAAACCUCAUGCAAAAUUGACAUUUGCCAAAAUCGGACAUGGCAAGGGAGGGCGGAACAACUCAGGACGAGUGGUUAUGAGACAUCGUGGUGGUGGUCACAGACGGAGAAUUAGGACUGUUGAUUUCACGCGAAUGGAGCCUGGCAAACACUUGGUGGAGCGCAUCGAGUAUGAUCCCAAUCGCUCGGCACAUUUAGCGCUGGUGGAGAAUCCGAAGACGAAGGCCAAGAGCUACAUCAUUGCAGCCGAGGGUAUGCGUGCAGGAGAUGUUGUCGAGUCCUAUCGGUCUGGCAUUCCACAAGAGUUGCUGGCUAGUAUGGGAGGUGUGAUGGAUCCUGGUAUGCUCGCCGCAAAGACUGCAUUCCGAGGCAACUGCUUGCCUCUGCACAUGGUACCUCUGGGGACUCAGGUCUUCAAUGUGGGCUCAACUCCUGGCAAGGGCGCGGUUUUCUGCCGCAGUGCUGGAACUUAUGCUACAGUCGUGGCGAAGGAGGAAAGGGGAAAGAAAGUGGUGGAUGUCACGGUCCGACUACAAAGUGGUGAGAUCCGCAAGGUCAGCAAAGAUGCAUGUGCUACUAUUGGCGUGGCAAGCAAUCCGCAUUGGCAUUUCAGGCAACUUGGAAAGGCUGGCCGGAGUCGUUGGUUGAACAUCCGGCCUACAGUCCGUGGUGUGGCGAUGAACGCAGUCGACCAUCCUCACGGUGGUGGUCGUGGUAAGAGUAAGGGUAACGUGCAUCCAGUGUCUAUCUGGGGCACUCCGGCCAAAGGAGGUUACAAGACGAGGAAAAAGCGCAACCCCAACAAGUAUGUUGUUACAGAGAGAGUGCGCAACCAGGGAAAGCGACGGGCCAAGAACUAG